CCGGCAGUACAGUCAAGUGCAAAUCACACCUAGGAUUUAGGGGGCGCAAAUCGGGACCGUGCACGAGGUGCGGGUGAGGAUAUAAAUUGCUGAGCGUUACGACGUCAUUACAACAGUCAGCCAAAGUCGCAGCCACUUCCCUUCCGUUCAAGACCGAAUCAAUCCUGCGAAAAGGAAGCAGGCGGCAGAUGAUUUCUCGAAUCUGGGGAGGUAUCGAGAAAAGCAACGAAGGGCGAGAAACGAGAGCUUGAAAAAGAGCGCGAGAGGUGGUCUGGCUGGAGAAGGAACAACUCCGAACGAGGUAAAACCGGUGGCGGAGUACGUUGUGCCGUUGGAACUUGAACGACAGGCCGCGAGGAGCAAUGUCACGAAACGAACCGGUGGAGACAAUAUUUCGCUGCCGUAGCUAUUUCUUUCGAGGGAAAUCCGAGUGCUACGUGGCUGUGGCGCGCGCUUCUGCCCUGAGUGCCCCAUGGCAAUCGCUCUCUCCGCGUCCACUCAAUUUCCGGUGCCGCGAAUGACAUGAAUUCCCAUGUUUGCAAGCCUCACCUUUCCUCUCUUCUUGUCUGCCUAGGGCUUUGCAGAUGAUUUGAUAUAUAGCUGCCACUAUUGACAGCUGCGAUCAUGGGUCCUUCUGCUAUGAACGAUUCCGUUACCGGCUUCAGCUUCCUCAGCGGCAAUCCAUGAUCACAAGUGCGAGUACCGAGCUCGCUGUUUUAGUCGAAAGGGAAGGAAUCAGGAUGGCCGCCUCUUCAGUCUGUGGAGCCCUGAGAGGUUCUGUUUCUUUGCAAGAGCAUUUAUCCCGAUUUGCCUCGAAGAAGAAGAAUUUUGACGAGAAAGCAUUCCCAAUUGUCUAUCAGGCGAUCUCUGCCUCAUCACUGCCAUACCGUCCUCGUCUGUCACUCGCUCCUUAUCCCAGGCAGCGGGAAGAUCCGUUGCCUCGGCUGUUGAUUUCUUCAGUGCCAGCCAAUUCUGGUCUGGAACCCGUUUCAGGGUGCACGAGGAUUUCCCUCCUUGGCUUCUCCCCUCCAGCUUGCCAUUCAUCUGAACUGGCGGUUGUUAGUAGUACUUGGGAUAUCGAUGUUAAAGCAGGUGGGAGCAGUCAACAUGAGAAUUUGCUUUGGAUGUGCGGGGAUGAGCAAAUUUCGCAAGAGUGCAGCUUGGAGAAAGAAAUCUAUGCAGAUAGGUUGGUGGAUGACAGAGUUGCUGAGGAUCCCUCGAGAGAAAUGACUAACAGGGGUUUAGCUGAAUCUCUAGCCCGAGUCGAUCAGUCACCGACCAAAUGCACAUCCCGGCUGGAGGAUAAUAUUAGCGCAAUUGGACAUGCUUCGAAUCUGGCAUCAGAAAGUUACAGGUCUGCAGCUCCUGAGCUUGACUUUCACGCUUCGUCUACUACGAAUGGAGCAGCUUGGAAGGACACGCACAGUACGAAUUCAAGCUCUGCGAAGUCUCAAAACAACGCGCAUAAAUUUCCUGCCUUAUCAGCGGGAGACUUUACUCCAAUCUCUGCCGGAGGACAUGAUAAUCAUAAGUACGAGAUGGAAUUGGAAGUUGCUGUCAAAGCUGUCCAGCUUUCCUGUAUUCUAUCACAGCGAAUACAGCAGCGAGUACUUCACAACGAGGAGAAUACGGAUUUCAAGAAGGAUCGAUCUCUUGUGACAGUGGCAGACUGGGGUGUGCAGGCAGUUGUGAGCUGGGUACUCUCGCAGGCGUUUCAAGGAAAGGAAAUUCCCAUGAUUGCUGAGGAGGAUACCACUGGACUGCGAGGAAGGGAGAAGAUCGACCUUCUCCAGCGAGUUGUUGGUGCCGUGAAUGAGUGUCUGCAGCACGCUGGGAUUGUAGGUGUUAGUCCUCCUGAACGACCACUCGGGGCAAUUGACGUCCUCAAAGCGAUCAACAAAGGCAGUGCUGAAGGAGGUCCUAAGGGGCGCUAUUGGGUCUUAGACCCUGUAGAUGGAACUCUAGGUUUCGUUCGUGGGGACCAGUACGCAGUUGCUCUUGCUCUCAUUGAAGAUGGUGAGGUGGUGCUUGCCGUUCUCGGAUGCCCAAAUUUCCCUCUCAGGAAACAGUGGCUUGUUCACCACCAUCGAUAUUACAGGAUGGCCUCGCGGCUGCAUCCACCCAGCCCAAGCAAGUGGCACAAAGGGCUGAUAUUAUCGGCAACUAAGGGAGCGGGCGAGGUUCUCAUGCAACCCCUAGUAGUGAACUCAGAUGGCUUGCCUCAGUGGGAUGCGACCGGGCAGAUGGCGACAACUGUUAGCGUUUCAUCUAUUGAUGACCCCGCGAAGGCGACGUUUUGUGAGCCCUUCGAGAAAGCGAAUUCAAGUCACUCUUUCACCGCAGGCUUAGCGGAACAUCUUGGCCUCAGGAAUCGGCCCUUACGAGUGUACAGCAUGGCGAAGUACGCAGCAAUCGCAAGGGGUGAUGCCGAGAUUUUCAUGAAGUUUGCCAAAGCCGGGUAUCGUGAGAAGAUAUGGGACCACGCUGCAGGAGUAUUAAUCGUGCAGGAAGCUGGCGGAGUUGUGACAGAUGCAGGCGGAAAGCCUUUGGACUUCUCUCAAGGCCGGUUCCUAGAGAAUCUUGAUCGUGGGAUAAUAGCUUGCUCGGGAAAGACUUUGCAUGAUAAGCUUUUGAAAGCUGUCGAUGCAAGCUGGAACUCAUCUAGACUAUAGGAAGGGAGAAGAUUGGAAUCGAUUGUAAAUAGCGAAUUUAUUUCACUGGAUUAUGGCAUAUACCCUUUUGUGCUGGGAUUCUUCCCGAGCUUCGCUCCUUUGGAGAGGUGAUGAGUUCUUCCCCAUCGCCUUCUGUUUCCUCAGUGUUUUCUCUCUUUCACGGGACGCUGCCAAUAUUGCAGAACGUACUUGUCGACUGUACAGCUUAGUUUUGCACAAGUGGCUCUGUUGCACGGAGACGUCGAGCUUUCUGUCGGAGAUUUCGUAGCCUGGUGGGACGGAUAGUAUUGACCCUAGGAUUGAUCUGAGCAGCUGUUGUAAAUUUCUAUAACGGACAGCAACAUGGAUAUUGGGAAUUCAUUGGUGUCCAAGAACAGUUUCUGCAGCUAUCAGUGUACCGUGGACCACGUUGUAUUUCUGUGAUCUGUGCCCAAGUCCACAAGAUUGUUGUGGAUUUGAGAUGCAAUUUGCAUGUGAUGUGCAAGACCACAAAUAUUUUUUUCCCCGGAUAUUUGCUGUGAGUGUCCUUAACAUUCUGGUCGUGGAAGGUGAUUGUUGAGUACCGGGUGAGUGAAAAUCGGAAUGUCUGAUUACUCAAUUACUUCUUUCCCAAGCGUACGGGGAAAAGUUUUCAGGAAGUACAUUUUCUCGAAGUGUUCGGAGGGGCUCUCUGGGCUAGAUUCCGUUGACUUUCUCUGAUAUUCUUGAAAUGUCGACGAAAGUAUGCAUUGGUAGA